AUGCCUUGUUAUACUGAGCCUCCUCCGCCGUGUGAUGAGGUUGUGAGCGCGGAGAAGAGUGUUCGUCUUGAAGAUACUGUCAUUCGGAGAUGGUUAUUGGAUAUGAAUGAUGCUCCCAAUCAUGAUUAUUUCAACGACGCUUUUAAUUCAAAAAGGAAUCUCAAGUACCACACAUCUGCAAAUAGGUCUUCAAAACGAUUUCCCUAUGAUGAUCUAUUCUGCGUGAUGGUCGAGGGUAAAACAAUGACACUUAUUGAUUUGUUUUGGGGAGCAUCUGUUCAAAAACAACUAGAUUCCAUUCGAAUGGUAUUUGUGAGUAAGAGAAAGGAUGAUAAUAACAAGAACCUUCUUAAAGGAAUUACCACAAAACCGAUAAAUCUCACUUUUGAAACUUGCAAUGCUUAUCUGAAGGAAAUGAGUAUUGAUUGCAUCAAGUUUGGAAUUUAUGAACAGUCUGUAUUUCCGAGCCAUUUGCUGUCUCCAAAUGAACGCAAAAAACUCAUGGAAGAGCCACAACAAGAAUUUAAGAAAUUUUGCACAACCAAAUUGGUGGAUAUCUAUGAAAGCCUUGUGACGAAUGAAGGAAAUCAAGACCGAGCGCUUGUCACCGACGUAAUAGGAAUUUCAAAUCACGAACGCUCUCACGAUUAUUCCUAUUUUGUGACAAAUCAUGUGGUAAUAAGCGUAUUCGAAUUUAUUGAUACAUAUACUCUUAUUCAAACAUGCAGCAAUGUUUGUUCGAGUUGGCAUUCCAUGAUAUUGUAUGACAAUCACAAUGUUUGCCACUAUCAAAUAUUCGGCAAAAGAAUUGCACACGUUUUUUUGAGAAUUGAACGAAAUUGUUUCAAUGCAAUGGAACAAGAGCUCCAAUUUGAAAAUUCAAAUGCUUUGUUUUUUUUUAAUGAUGAACAUUUGGAUAUAAAACUGUCACGAAUCAAAGAGAUAUACAAUCACAGGAAUUGGCUGGAUAUUUACUUACUGAGUGGAAUGUUUCAUUUAGAAGUCACCGAAGAAUAUAUUUUACAAAAAUUGAAUCACCUCACUCACACAAAUGAUACUAACACAAGUGAUUUAAGUAAGAAGUAUUACUAUGCUUUGUUUAAAUUUGACAUUCUUCAAUUUUUUCCCCAGUUGCAUGAAAAUCAUAUUCUGGUCAGAAAAUUUUCAAAAUCAAGGAAAAAGGUGGUUGUGGUGACCAGUGAAAAGUUGCCACCGAAUUAUCACCAAUCAUUUCUUUCCUCUGGAAACGGUAUGAUCACGAACAUUGUCCAUUUCGAAAAUGAUUCGCCUUUGAACAGUCUCAAGAUUGUGGAAAACAUGAUCAUUCGGCAACCAUUGUUGUCACCAAUACGAGCCACAGAAAUUUUACCAUCGAACACUUUCAGUAUUGACUUUAAGAAUGGCAUUCCUCUCUACCUUGAAUUUUUGGAAGACAUUUCACACUCGCUCUGCAGUCAAAAGAACUUUAAACACAUUUUAGAUUUCAAACCCUUGAAUCAAGUGCAAAACAUACGGCAAUGUUUAUUGAACAUGUUGAUGAAAGCAAGGCAUUUUGCAUACGUUAUACUUGCCAAUCAUCCACUUCAGAAUUAUGCAGUUGGAGAUGAUGUAUUAAUUGGGCUUCAUCUUUUGCUGUUGAAUGAUUUCUAUGGAUACGACAAGUUGUUGAAUCUUCCGCUCAUUAAUUUCACUCAAUUACUUGCGACAAGGAAGAUCAUUUCACAAAAUCGACAACAUGGAAUUUUGAACACAACAGAAACAGUUUAUUUUGCUCAAACUUUGGAAUUGUUUCCAGAAUGGAUGAAAUUGGAUUGGCUUCAAGAAAUGAUUGAUGGAAAUAAUGGAGGAAAUUUUAUCGACAUGAACCAAGAACUGCUGUCACCUUUUAAGAACGCCUUUAACGCUAUCGACUUUCUUCAGGAGCACAUUGUUGACAUGAGUGAAGCUUGUCCAGUGACAGGUUAUCAGUACGAAAAGAAAUGCUUUGAACAUUGGUUACAUACUUCAUUGGAAGAGUACACAUCGCAACUACAUGUCCUGGAACGACUUUCUCCAACCAAAAGUGUGGACCUGUUGUUGCAUUUUCACUUGUUGCAUCCACAUCAUUUUGUUCAAGAUAGUUUUCGACUGGCCAAAAUGGUGAAAUCUCAUAAUUUCAAUUUUCUCAACUAUUACAAGAUGUUCAUUCAUAUUCCCAAAAGUAAUAAUGUGACACAUGUCAUGCAAGCCCAUGCAAGUGACAAAACUCUUCAGAUGAGAGUGUUGGAUCAUUCAUACGAAACCAAUACGAGUGGAAAUAAUUAUGUCAUGCAAUUGGUGCCUGUGGUGGAUCAUCUUUCAGCAUGGUCAUUAACUUUUCCAUUUCUCAAAAAGGCCAUUCAUGUGAAGAACACCACAACGAUUGACCUCAAGCAAGCAGAAAUUGGUCUUGAUUACUAUUUAAAAACUGAGAAUCAAUAUUGGAGACUGCAUGAAGACCAAAUUGCUGAACACAUGCCAGCUCCCAUCGAGUUCAUUUCACCCAAAAUUGUGAACCCUGCCACUCGCGACAAGCUCUAUCUGUUUUACGAUGAAAAUUUCGGUACAUUUUCGCUGAGUGACAGCGAUGAGUGUUUGUUCAGCUUUGAAAGAAUACAAUGA